AUGAGCGGACUCGACGCCGCCCAACUGGCCAUCUUCGCCGUCCUCAGCCUCCCAGUCCUCUACCUGAUCUACAGCCAUGGCCGCCGCGGAUUCCUAGGAUGGGGCUUCCUGCUUGUAUUCUGUAUCCUGCGACUGACUGGCGCCGGCAUGGCCAUCGGCAACUCUGGCCCCGCUGCCCAGAUUAUCUCCAGUAUUGGGUUAUCCCCGAUGCUGCUGUCGCUUGAUGGGAUUUUGCACGAGGCGAGAACAUACCGCUACGCCACACUAAACAAAGGAAUCGAAUACCCAUUCAUGGCCGUCUUCCAUAUCCUGAUCGUCGCCGGAGUCGCACUCGUUGGGUCCGGGGCAGGCGGGCUGACAAGCGAAACCCCCGAGGCUAAGGAUUUGACCCAUGUUAAAGUCGGAAUGGCUUUGUUGGAGAUUGGCUGGGGGAUACUGGUCUUAUGGACACUGUGGACGUUGAAGGAGCGGAGUCAUCCUGUUGAGACGGCGCGGGAGGGGAGUGCUCUUUUAUAUGGUGUUCUCGUGGCCCUGUUGGUUGAAGAGAUCCAGCUUGUAUACUCGCUGGUCGCGCAGUGUACGCAGCGGGCGGACCUGAAUCCGACGACGGGGAAUCUGGCGGUUCGUGUGGUGCUGGGAUUUCUUCCUGGAGUUGCUGCGACGGUUGUGCUGGUGGUUGUGGGGGUUUGGACGAGAAGUGUUUCUGUGUCCAAGGAAGUUGCUGGACGCGAUUCUGGACGGAGUGGCUGGGUUUAG